CGAGAGUAAAGCAAUAAAUAUAUUCCUAAACAAUAUUUCUAUAAUAUUAUCUUGACGAUAAACUUAAAAUUCGUGGUAGAUGUACGCGUUUCAUAUUUCACCUGCCGUACAACUCUCUUUGUUAUGGCAAAACCGUUACCACAGCAACCCACAGCAACUCUUCCUCUUCGCGCUGUUUUGUUACCUUUUGGAAAAAAUCUAUUGUGCAGUAAAAUCAAACAAAAUGCAAGGAGUUGGUGCGACUUCACAGGAGCUUAACAUUUUGCCGGUGACUACAUUUCAAUCGGAUGAUCUACUCGAAAAGCUGAAAAUGCUGAACUAUGAGAAACACCUUUUGAAUGAAUUCAAGAUGAAGCCGCUGUCGCGUUUCUACUUUGUCAAAUCGUUUAAUCCAGGCGAGCAAUUUUUCAUGUUUACGCUCAUCUGCUGGUGGUUGUGUCGAAAGCUGGGCAAAGACAUGGAAAGGCCACAAGAAUUUGAUGACCCCAACACAGUGAUUGCCAAAAUUGUGCAAAUGCUGGGUGAAAUGGAUGUGCCCGUUGACUUUCCACCUAACAAAUUAAUUCGUGGCGCCGGCCCCAUUUGCUUGACAGUUUUGGACAUUCUCGCAACACAAGCAACCAAAGUGGCGCAGAUCGCCUACAAUCGCCCUCACAUAGCGCAGGAGGAUGAGGUGGCCACCGACUAUUUAGAGGAUAAUGCCGAAAUUAUAUUGGAAAAACUGGAGGAUGAACAGAAUGCCGCACUAAGCGACGAUAGCGAUAUGGAAGUUAAUAGUGGUGGUGGUUUUAAAAAUCUCAACUGGAUAAAUCGUGCGCGGCGUUCGGAGCGCAAUCACAAUAUCGAUUUACCAGAUGAUGAUUCGGCGGCGGAGCAGUUUACUGAUCAGCAACAGUGGCGGCAGGAGUUUGAGCGUGUGCUGCCACAUUUGAAGGUUUACGUUAAAGCUGAUGCACGCGAUUGGCGUACACAUUUUAGUCAAAUCGAGACAUUGAAGGCAAGCAUCGAAGAGUGCUCCGAGGAUACCCAAACCCAGUUGAAAAAGCUACACAGCGAGUUUACUUUCAGUCUGGAGAAGAUCGAAAGCCGUGAGAAGCAUUUGAAUAAUGAGCUGCAGUCAUAUGUGGGCAAAUUUAAGGAAAUCUCAGUUGAGUUGUCCAAUGUGCAGCAUGCACAAACACAGGUACAGACCGACACAGAGACGCUGAUGUCGCAACUGAGUGCUGUGGUGCAAGAAAAUGAUAUCAAGAAAAGUGAAAUGGAGCGACGCGGACAAUCCAUGUCGGAUGGCAGCUCUGUGGUGAACAUCAAGAAAGCUAUUAGCAAGUUGAAAGAAGAUACGGCACAGUUAAAUUUGGAAGUUGCGCUGUUGGUGCAUGGCAUUGAUCAGGAUAUCCUGCGUCAGGCGGGUAGUUUUGCUGAAGUUGACUCCGGCAAUGACUCGGCCUCUGUGAAGGCUUUUUAAAAGAAAAAAACAUACUUUUGUUUGUACCCUUGAAACAGUCAGACAUAUGAAGGUAGUAAAUUUAAAACAUAACAAAAAAAAAAAUAUUCUAUAUUAUGUAAGAUGUACACGAAAGAACUAAUUUUUCUAAAAAAAUUGUAUUAUAUUUAAAAAAAAUUUUACAUUGACGCUUAUUUUUAUUAGCCAUUACUAAAUAGGCAAAAUAGCGGAAGAGUAGUUGAAUCUUCAAGUUAUCUCAAUUUGCCAAAAAAAUGCUUGUCAGGCCUUUAAGGAUUUUACGUUUGCGAAUAAAUAAAAUGA